AUGGAUGGACGGAGGUUAGACGAUCUGGUGAACGUGAGAAACUGGGACAGAUAUCCUCGAGAGAGGUCUCUAGGCUUCCUCGAUCGAACCGAACGAUGUGCCGUUCAGAUUCUUGGACGACUGGAGGGCUCCAUCGAACGAUUAACACUGAACAACCGAAAGGAGGGUUCUUUGACCCACCACAUUCAGGGGAGCCAGGAUCUUCGUUGGGGAGCUAACAGGUCGUCAACGAGUGCCAGCGUAACUCGAAAACUCGCUCACACUGCUUUCACCGAUUGGACCAGCAUCGAUUGCUUUUUGAUGGACAAGGUGUCGGGAGAGGCACGGAGUGUGGGUGGGAGGGGAGGUGAGGGAGGAGAGAGCUGGGAAACGCACUGCACCGCCGCCGCCUCCACCACCACCACCGGCAGCCCACAGUCGUUGUCUCGGCCGAAAAUGCACAAGUCUGUUGAACAAAAGCUCUAG